AUGCCAAACAACGCACGCCUCGACCGGGUUUACGCCCGACUUCUCCAAGACCACCCCUACGGAUGGGCCCUGUACAAGAAGGUGACAGCACAGGAACUGUAUCCGGGCUGCUGUGGCUAUUUCGAUUCUGACGGUGAUUGGCGUCUCCUCCUCGAUCUCACGAUCGACCAAGACAGCCUCACCAAGGAGGGAUGGAUCGCGCCCGGCCCCGGCGAUCAAAUCAAGACUGGAGAUGAGAAGCCCAUGAGAUUGACAUGGGGGCCGAAGAAGUCCAAAUCAGUCGUCUCACGACAGAUAGGGGGCGAGCUCGCGGUCAACGUGGCGUCCCCGAUAUCGCCCUCAGUCACCCUGUCUUUCACCUGUGAAAGCGAUGAAGGCGCCGUUCUCACAACACAGAACCCCGUCCUGAGGCACCGUGUCGGCAAUGAGUCGGCUGUGGUGAGAUGGAUGAAGGCCAAUCGGGCCGAGAUGUUGAGACGGCACAAGGAGAUCGCAGAGAGACAUGGGAUCUGGGUUGUGAGCAAAACGUACACAACCACCCGAAGCGGCGUCGCGGUCAUGUCGUCCAAGUCCUCCGCCGUUGAGAUCGGUAUAGGGGCUACUGUACCGGGCGUGGUGACGCUGACGCCAUCAAGCUCCUGGUCAUCCAGCAAAGGCGACCUCGCCGCCGAAAUACAUGACCACAGUGAGGGGGUCGUGGUGUUUAUGAGUGGGGUUUACUUUUGCAAGAAGCUGUUUAAGUCGGAACUUAAACUGGUCGUGGAAAGAGAUGACCAAAAAAGCAAAAUAUUUAGGGGAGGCUAUGUCGAGUCAGAUGACGAGGAGCAGGAUGAGGGGGGCGAGGAUGAUGGCGAUGGGUUUGAGAUACGGAUAAUAUGA